AGAGGCAUGGAGGCUCCGACUCUCGGGAUCUAACGUCGACCAGCGGGGGGUAAAGACACCGCCGCGCGCGCCGUGGCCUGCACAGGAAGGAGCGCCGUUACUCCACCGGGCUCGUGGAGCGCAAAGCGGGGACUGAGUUCGGCGGAGGGAGCGGGGCAGCCCGCCGCCUCACCAUGAAGCGGACGGCCGCGGUGGCCAGGCACAAUGGCCUCGUCUCUCCUCUGGGGAACAACAACUCCGGGGCUUCCAGCGUCGCUCCAGCGCCUCCCAGCAAAGCUGCGACCGUCCCCGCUCCCACCGACCCCGGGUCCGGCGGGGGGGCGGACGGCCUGCUGGAUUUCUCCAAAGGCCCGGCCGUCAAAACCGAACUGAUUUGCAAAUGGAUCGACCGGACUUGUUCGAGACAACGGCUCGGGCGAACCGCGACCCCCGUUUGCGACCAAACUUUCAGCUCCAUGCCCGAGCUCGUGGACCACGUCACCAGCGAGCAUGUCGCCGCGGGGCUCGAGAGCCUCAGUCAUGUCUGCAUGUGGGACGAGUGUCUGCGCGGCGGGAAGGCAUUCAAAGCCAAAUACAAACUCAUCAACCACAUCCGCGUGCACACCGGGGAGAAACCCUUUUCAUGCGCAUUCCCCAACUGCGGCAAGAUGUUCGCACGCUCCGAAAACCUGAAGAUCCACACGCGCACACACACCGGUGAGAAGCCCUUCCAGUGUGAGUUCUGUGAGCGGCGCUUCGCUAACAGCAGUGACCGAAAGAAGCACUCGCAGGUCCACACCGCCUCCAAACCCUACGACUGCAAGGCUCUGGGCUGCACCAAGUCCUACACCCACCCCAGCUCCCUGCGCAAACACAUGAAAGUCCACAUCAAGUCCUCGCCUACCUCCGACCCCCAGGACCUGUACAGCUUCAUUCCUCCUCAUCUACAGCAGACAAACCAAGCUGUACUGGAGCCCCUCGACCUCAAAAUGAACCACUUCUCUCCAUCCCUUAAUAACAGAAAUGCUCAUUUCCCUCUUCUCUCCGGCCACAACUUGGCUCUGGGCUCAGCCGGCGAGGCGGACCAUAAGGUGCUGCUGAGGAGUUCGUCUCCGCUGGCGAUGCCUCUGGAUCUGUCCCUGUCUGGCCUGAAGAGUCAGCUGGGCCAGAAACACGUCAGCGGUCGGACUCCGAGAAGGAGCCAGCGCUCGGUGAACCCGGCCCUAUCUCCGCUGUCUAACAUUAAGGAGUGGUACGUCUGUACCAGGACUACAGCGCCACACUUCCCCCUUCUCCAUCCAGACCACAUCAAAUCGGAACGCAGUGACGAGGAUGAGUAUGUCACGUAGAACGGUGGCACCGCUGAAUCUGGAUGUGAUGGACCUAUUUCAUAUAUUCAGAAUCAGAUCCGGCCCAGUCGGGCAGUUUUCUGCCUCAAGGCAUUGUCUGAGAGGAUUUUCCUGUUUUACAGCCCAAUCUCAGCGUGGACUCUUCCUAUCUGUGGACCAAAUCCAUGUCAGAAGAACCCUGUUUCUUUGGUUACCAAACUAAAACUUCCCAGAGAUUAGUUUAGCUAACCGGACUAACUUUGUGGACCAAAGAAUAUGAUGUAAACGGGGUGUUUGAACAUGAGAUGUAGAUCAGAGCCCAGAUAAGGGCUCUGUCCAUGUGAAGCUAUUUAAAGGGCUAAAUCAACAGGGGAGCCGGACCGGUUCUGGUUCCGGUUUGCCUUGCAGAGGUAGUCAGAGCAGCUGAUUCUGCUGUUGGAUGAUCCAACGCCUUCACGCUGUUUAGAGUGUUUCAGACACAGCAGAAGCCGUAAAGGUCGAAGCUUUCAUCAGAUGUCUUCUUCAGUGGUUUCUUUCCUCGUUCCAGGUCCGGGUCUGGGUCCAUCCGGUGGAUCAGUGGUGUUAACGAAGCCGCUCAGAGAUCUCUGUUGGUAUCAGAAAGGGGUGGAGCUAAGGCUGCAUCUUUCUCGGAGACUAAAACGAUUUGGUUUAAAGUUUACUGUAAAGACAGUCAUUUCAAGAAUAAAAGCAGUGAAAAUGCUGCAGUACAUCUG